CGCAAGCCAAUUACUUGAUCAUAAAUAGAGAGCCAUCGUUCAAAAAGUCCAUAAAAACAUUCCCCCAAAAUCCAUCGAAACCGAGUCACAACACAAAGAUGUCGACGUCGGUAUCUCCUUUAGCGUAUGCCGCAGUUCUGCCACCACGUCAAAAAGUGCAUUUACGAUUAGAGAUUAGAGCUCAGAGCGUACGAGACGAAGGGAGAUCGAGUAAUCUUGUGGAUUCGAGUAUGAAGGUUUUGAAGGAUAGGAUUGAGGUGAUGAGGACGAAAGAGAUAUUGGAGAGGAACUGUAGACCGUACGGAUGGGACGGCGCUUCGAGUUAUAUACAAAAACCUAAAAAACAACCAGAAUUUCCGCAAACAAUCGCAUUAAUUUGUGGUACAUCGAGCUUGCCGAUUCUCGUUGGCACUGCUCUCCUUUGCGUUAUUUCCGCCAUUGCUCAUCUCAAUCCCUAAACAACGACCAAAACUUUGAAACGAGUAUUUCAUCUGAAACAGUAUAACACGUUUUUAUGUUCUGUAAAUUUCUAACAAUAUUCGAUGAAUUAAUACUGACACGAUAUAUUUUUAUUAUUGGAAAGGAAAUAUUAUCAUGGAAUUAAUUUAUUUUGAUUAUUAUUUU